AAUAGGACAUAAUUCAUUUGUGGCUAUCCUAUGACCAUCUUCCAAUCGAUUGCCCAAUAAAAUCAAUGAAUCAUCCCAGUGUCAGAAUCAAUCAACCUCGUCCCCAAACUCUUUUCAAAAAGAUCGAGGACUCAGGGAACGAGAUCGAAUUGUGAUCAGCACGUGUAGUACAAAUGUCCAAUGUUGAACUGAAAAGAAUGACAAUUACAUACUAAUUACUAAAAAUUUUAUAUUAUACUGAAUGUUUCAACAUAUUUAUUUAAGGUAAAACUAUUUUUUCAUCCAAACUCCGAUAAUCCAGAAAAACUUUGCCCUCAGUAUUAAAAUCGAAUUUGGGGCCCUAGAUGGAAGUAAAUAACGAUGAAAUUCCUAAUCGAACCGAAGAGAAGAAAACCUAUAAAUGCGAGAGCUGUCCGAAGGUAUACCUCAGAUUUUCCCAUCUAAUUCGUCAUCAAAGAUCACACUCUGGAGAAAGGCCCUUCAAAUGUCAUAUUUGCCAGGUGUCAUUUCGACGUAAUGAACAAGUGGUACUUCAUAUAAAAAGAAAACAUGAAGGAGAGGACCCCUACCUGUGUCUCACGUGUAAUCAAACAUUUUCACAAUCAAGUUACCUAAGGUCUCAUAAAAAGACCCAUAGCAUUGGGAAAAUACACAAGUGUGAAACUUGCCAGCAGAAAUUUCGUACUAAGGGUGACUUAGUAGUUCACACCAGAAAGCAUACAGGUGAAAAACCAUUUCAAUGUGAUAUUUGUGGUGUGGGUUUCAUUAGAAAAAAAUUAUUAGUUCGUCACAAAACAAUUCAUACCAAAUAUAAACCAUACCAGUGUGAUAUAUGCUCCAAGUCAUUUGCACGAAGUGACCAUCUUACAGUACAUAAAUUAACACAUUCUGAACAGCGACCUUUUACCUGUGACAUGUGUGGUAAAUGUUACAAGGAUUCUGCCUAUUUAAUAUCCCACAGAAAGACACAUGCUGGAAUAAAACCAUACAGUUGUGAGAUCUGCCAUAAACAGUUUGCUUCUAAUAAAGUGCUGCAAGCUCAUGUUAGAAGUCAGCACACAGGAGAAAGACCAUUCAAAUGUGACAUUUGUGAGAAAGCAUUUUGCAGAAGACAAACUAUGGUACGUCACAAGAGGUCACACACAGGUGAGAAGAAUCACCAGUGUGAGUCUUGUGGCAAACAAUUUGCAAGGUCAACUUCUCUAAAAUCUCACAAACCAACUGAUCCUAAUGGAAAACACUAUGAGUGUGAUAUGUGUUUAAAUGUUUUUAUGACAAAGGCCUGUUUGCUGCAUCACAAGAAAGAGCACAAAUUUAAAGAGUUGACAAAUGAUGUGUUGUUUCACAAAAAUUUUCAUAUGCCAGAUACAGAUGAAAACAAUGUAAAGAGAAAUUUCUGCAAAGUUGAAGAAUGCCAGCAAGUUGCCAAAAGUCACCAUCUAGACAAGACAGAUAGUCUACAGGAAUUGCCAGACUUUGAAUCUAGCAGUGACACACCAUAUAAAUGUGAAGCUUGUAACACCAGGUUUAUAUCUUCAGAGAAUAUGGGAACUCACAGAUGCACUGGAGCAAAAGCUGAGCCAGACCCACAUUCGCAUAUUCACAGAAUAUCAAUGUCCAAUAUUGGAUAUAUAUGUUUUCAUUGUUCUGCUACAUUUGAUUUGCCCUCUGAUUUGGAGAGCCACAUAGAAGUGUUUCAUUUACAAUGAUGUCUAAAUUGGGAAACUAUGACUUGUGACAUCAGAUACUUUACAAGACUGCAGUUUUAUUGAGUUGUCAAAUUGUUAUGAUUUUCAUAUUCUAUUAAUAAAAUUUUUAGGUGUGUGCAUAAUAUUAAUUCCCGAACCCUACUCUUGUAACCGGUAUUGUCGGUUUUUUUUAGAAACGAAGAGGCAGGGGUGGAUGCAGCACUAGUGCAC